AUGGAGUGCGCCAACCUAGACGAGUGUGUCGAGAACUGGGAUUCGAUAGCUGGCGACUACAAGACUCUCGAGAAUGUCAAUAAAGAAUAUUUAGCCAAGGUAGAAGAGGUUAGUGAUCUUCAAGGUCAAUGUAUGAAACAAGUCAGUCACCAAAAAUAUCGAUUAAAUUUUAUUGCCAAAUCUUUAAAAAAUUUUGAAAAUGAUGAACGCCAAGACAUUAUACAACGGCUUUGGAAAGAUAUUAACCAUCGUCGCCAACAACUGUCAGAUAUUGAACAAUCACUACCCAAACCUAACGGAACAUACUUGAAAAUUAUACUGGGCAACGUAAAUGUAUCAAUUUUGAAUAAAGAAGACAAGUUUCGAUAUAAAGAUGAAUAUGAAAAAUUCAAAUUGGUUCUUAGCAUUAUUGGUUUCUUUUUAUCUUUAUUGAAUUUGGUGACUCAUAGGCGUGGAAUCGAAUUGACCUUUUUGUUUCUUUUGGUCUGGUAUUAUUGUACAUUGACAAUACGUGAAAGCAUAUUGAAAGUAAAUGGCUCUAAAAUAAAAGGAUGGUGGCGGGUACAUCAUUUUAUAUCUACUGUGGCUUCAGCCGUACUACUUGUUUGGCCAAAUUCUGAAACGUGGUUCAUAUUUAGGCCACAGUUCAUGAUUUUUAAUGUAGUCAUUAGUGUAGUUCAAUCAUUCCAAUUUGUAUACCAGCAAGGAGUUCUAUAUAGACUAAAAGCAUUAGGCGAACGUCAUAACAUGGAUAUUACCAUUGAAGGUUUUCAUUCUUGGAUGUGGCGUGGUCUUAGCUUUCUAUUACCAUUCUUGUAUGUAGGAUAUAUUUUCCAACUGUACAACGCAUAUACAUUAUAUAAAUUGUGUUAUCAUCCACAUGCCACUUGGCAGGUUCCUGUUUUGUCAGGGUUAUUUUUUAUAUUGUUCUUGGGAAACGCGGUUACUACUUCAAUGGUCAUUCCAGAAAAACUAAGAGAAGUAAAAAUUAGACGAAUUAUUAAGACAUAUACUCGAAAAAUGUCUGGCAAUCGACUUGGAGCUGACCCCAAAAAAAGUGACUGA